GUCCUGGGUCUCUUUACAUGUUCUGCUUUAAGUCUUCACACCUACUUACUGCUCAAUGUGAACCAAUAGCAAGAGUUAAACAUGUUAGCUAGAACCGUUUUAGUGUAUUAGUGAAACAUCUGUUGUAUUUAAGCUUUAAAUACCACUUAGAAGAAGUUUAAGCCUGUCCUUGUGAAGGGACUCAAAACAGCCUCUCUUUUUGACUCCUGAAGCACUUUGAUUGGCAUUUUUGCUAAUUUUGCACUUUCACCGAGGAAUACUGAAUUGGCAUAAGCUACUGCACCUUAUUGUGAGACGGCAUGAGCCUCUUUGCAACAUUAAACAUCUUUCAACCAAAGUACUUUGUUGUCUGGUAGUACUAUGUUUGUAUCUGAAGCUAUGCAUUUAGAAAGUCAGAAAAUUCCAUUAAUUCAAGCUUAUAGCCACAGGAUGUAGCUGUUGUCACAGGAAUAAAAAACAUCUUUUUUUUUAUAAUGAUGGAAAAAAAACUGCACAUAAAUCCACUCAAUGAAAAGAUAUCUAAUCUGUGAGAAAGUAAAUGACUGAAUACAACUGCGCAUGGAAGAGCUCGAGGGCAUUCAACCAUAUAUGGUAGGGGCGUGUAACAGGAAGCCUGGCAGUAUAUUUUCAGCAGCGCGGUUUCAUUGCUUUCAUUUCCUCAUCAUGAGUUGCAGAGAGAGAUCUCGUCAGGCAAAGAGCCCUGACUCAACACAAUGUUCGGACUCUAGAAAGGAGAAACGGGAAACCAUCGGGAGGAAAAAGAAAGAGGAUCCUCUGAAGCCAAACCAUGCCAAAGAAAAGCCGCCUGUGAAGGAAACCACUAAAGAAAAGGGCAAACAUUUGACGAGGGAGCAUAGCAGAGAACAACAAACGCCUCCAGAGAAGACUAAAACCCAAAUCCAUUCCAGCAGGUCCACAUCAGUGAAAAAACCUCCUUUGCAUAGAGACCUGGAAUCACAAGCUACAACUAUGAGGUCAGAGACGGCAAAGGCUUCUCUCAAGACCACUAAACCUAAAGCUGGUGGUAAGGAAGAGACCCUAACUCGCUGUACCAAGGCUGCAGGAAAGAUGGAAGGCGCACAACUUGAGGAGAAAAAGAUAGAUAGACCUUCAGGGGGGAAAAAAGAAACAGCUGCUGAAAAGUCCUGCGAUACAGAACAUGCUGACAAAAUAAAGCCAAAGAUGCUGAAGACAAGAUCAGUUUCAGAGGACUCUGUCCUACAGUCUACUUUAGAAAAACUGAAGAUUAGGGCAAAGGACAAAUCAGAUACGAGUAAAGUUGUGAAUGAUUUUAUAGAAAACCUAAUUAGGCAUUUAAAAAAGGAAACCAUAUGUUUUCAAGACGUAGACAAACCGCUGCGCACAGGAAGCUAUUAUGAAAACCUUAAGAUCUUAGAUCCUGACGAGUUUGACGUUAUGCUUCCAAUGCCGGUUGAACGAGUUCAGGUCGAACCAUUUCGGGAAAACGGAGCCUUCUACAGCGUGGCAUUAAAACGUGGCAAUAGCCAUUUAAUGAAAUUCCAGCAGAAUGAUGUUUUAUCCGCAAGCGAAAUGCUUCAAGAGUUCAGAAACGAAGUGAAGAAAUUUGCCAAAGGAUUUCCAGCGUGGACGAUUGAGAAAAAAAAAGGAGGCUGCCCUGCAGUGACCUUGACCCAUAAAGUGGGCUCAGUCACCAUUUCCCUCGAUGUUGUUCUCUGUCUCAAAGUGACAUCAAGCUGGCCGUCUUUCACCAGUGACGGCUUGAAAAUUGACCAGUGGCUUGGGACUAAAGUGAAACGGGAGUACAAAUGGAAACCUUACUACCUUGUGCCAAAAUACGAAGGUAGAGGCAACGUGGAAAACGACGGCGUUCUUAACAAAGAUGCCUGGCGGAUUUCAUUCUCCCACAUUGAGAAGGAUAUUAUAAAGAAACAUGGAUCGGAGAAGACAUGCUGUGAAAGAGGGGGAGCAAGCUGCUGCAGAAAACACUGUCUGAAGCUCCUCAAGCAUCUCCUGCAUCUGCUGAAGGAAAACGACCCUUCAUUUGCCAAGUUCUGCUCCUACCACGCCAAGACGACGCUCCUGCACGCCUGCUGCUCCAGAACCAGAGACAGCGACUGGGGAGCGUCAGAUCUCAGUCGGUGCUUCGGCCUGCUCCUGCAGGACUUCGAAAGCCACCUGAGACGUGGUGAACUCUACAACUUCUUCAUCCCCAGUCAGAACCUUCUCUCUGGUCUGGGGAAAACCCGCUGCAAGCAUUUGGCAGACUGCGUCAAGGAGCAACGAGAAAGCGGCUUCCCCAUCUUUGACACAUAUCUUCAAAAUCCAUGUUAAGCAAUAGAUCGGGGAAUUCUGAUCCCGAGCUCAACGUUCAUGUCAGAUCAAUUUCACUGAUGUGAGAGAGAUUUUACUGGGGGGUUUUUUCCUGUUAAAAUACAAAACAAAAAAACUAAAUUAUUUAAAUAUUUCUUUUUUAUUAAAUAUUUAAAGAAACGGAGUUUCUAUUGCUUCCACUAAUUCCUCUUAAGAAACACUAUAUAAACACAUUUACAGUCGCAGUAGUUAUUUUUACGUCACAUAGAUCUGCUUUUAAUAUUACAAAGGUUCAGGGGUUUAUUAACAUUUGAAUGAAAUAUAUUCAUAAUCAGCAGAUUAACCUACUGCAAUGGCCCCAAUGAAAUCUGCUGUACAAGCGUUAGUUGUCCACCUAUUAAUUUUUUCCCCCAGUCUACAAACUUAUACCAGAUUGGUUCUGAUUCACAACACGAGAUGUUAACCACUCCUAUCAACACAAUCCCACUCAGGUCCUUGGUGGCUUCGUCUUAGUCGUACCUUGUUCAUGAGGUGAAACUGGGUGUUGCAAAGUCAUUUUCUUAUGUAAUCCAUUGUGCAUAUUUGUUUAAUGAUAAAAAAAUACCAGUUACACUAAUAAUAAAGGGGGAAAAGUCAUCUGGUGACUGAUAUUUAUGCACCGUUUAGUUUUUACUAAAUGAACCCAAAUAAACAUUUUACAGUGUAGCCAUUUGCAUGUUUUGUGGUUGUCUAAUGACCAACUCUGCAAAAUUUUAUUUGGGUGGCAUAAAACGAUCUCACAUUUUGAGUUAUAAACCGUCAUCUGAUUUAAAUGUUCUAGGAAUACAAUUUUCUUCAAAUGUGAAAUUGAACUUUGGCCCCAUCUCCAUAAGUUUUGGCAUUUUAUCAAAGUUCACUGUUAUUCAGUUUACCUGUUUUUUUUUUGUGUUUUUUUUUGCAAUGCAUCACCAUCUCCUUCCCUUAGUGACGCAUUUAUGCUGCUUAAUGUCGAUGUUUUUCUUUGUAAGAUUAUAAAAUUUGGAUUAAAAUAAAGUAAAAAUAAAAAAGAAACUGAA